AUGUCUCGUCUUUGUCUCGUCGUCCUCCUGACUCUUCGUUUCCCUUCGUCCCUCAGUUCUCGUGCGUGUCCUGUGAGUUGUGUGUGUUAUGAACACGCCAACCUGGUGGACUGUCAGGACCAGGGCUUCGUGCAGGUUCCCAGGGGCCUCCCCCACGGGACCUGGCUCCUCAAACUGGGAGGAAACAACCUGACGGAGGUGAGGACCCGAGCCUUCACCGGCCUGUGGUCCCUGAGGGUACUCGACCUCGGGGUGAGCAGGAUCCAAACCAUACGGCCCAAGGCGUUUUUCUCUCUGUCCUUCCUGGAGAAGUUGGACCUGAGCUGGAACCUUCUGACCACAGUCCCAGAGGAUUUCUCCUGGAGCAUGAGCGGACUGAAGGAACUGAGGCUGGAACACAACAACCUGCGCAGGAUCCCACAAAACAGUUUUCAGAGUCUGGACAGUCUGGAGAAGCUGGACCUCAGUUAUAAUGAGCUGGAGGCCGUGGGCCCCGGGGUCCUCAGGGGCCUCUCCAGACUCAGACAGCUCUACCUCCAGAACAACAGACUGAGUGUGGUCCAGAGGGGCAGUAUGGACAUGCUGCCAGGACUGGAGGUUCUGGACCUCAGUAAUAAUAACGUGUCUCACAUCGACACUGAGGCCCUGGCUCCUCUUUACAGUUUGGCCGUUUUAGCUUUGGACGGAAACAAACUCCACAAUCUGAAGUUUAAGACGUUUAUCAGCCUCCACACGACGGCCACACACAUACAGCUCUCAGGUAACCCGUGGAGUUGUGACUGUGAGCUUCAUCGUGACUUCAGUAAGAUCUUGUUUGUGCGUUAUCUUCACAUCGACGAUUAUCGUAACGUGACGUGUCAUGAGCCCCCCCUGCUGGCCGGGUACUCUUUGGCCUGGGUGGACAGUCGUCUGUGCGUGGCCGAGACGGCGACCGUCCUCGUCAUUACGGUCACGGUGCUCGUGACGGUGGUGGGCGCCUUGGUGAUGGCGGAGAGGAACAGGAAGAGGAAAGAGAGGAGUUCACCAUCAAGCCACGCCCCCUGGUCCAAGGGUUAA